UUGGUGGUAUAAAAGCGGGUAAAAGUAAAAUACACGUAGAGGUAGGUUUCAACGCGGGUAUAUAUUAUUAUAGACGUAAUAAGGUAAUGACAUGACAUGAUGAGAAUCGAAUUCUUCGGGCAAAGGCUGAAGUUUUCAUCCUUGUCCUCAUUCUUUAGAAGAAUAUUCUAGAAACGCGCUUUUUACACAACCAUUCCACAAUCAACAUCCUUUACUUUGUCCAGUCUCCAGACAUUGCUAUACUCUUCCAGACCUCCCAAUCCUUUAAAACUUUCAUCACCACCUCUCUCUCUUCCCCUAUAAAUUCUUUCCUUUGUUCUAAAAAUUUUACUCCCAAACAAGAAACCAAACCACAGAAAUCACAAAGAUUUUGGAAAGAUCACGAGGUAAAAGACUUUACCAUUUCGAUUUCUAUUAAACAGAGACAGAGAAAUAGAUUAGAUUACCUGGAAAAGCUUGAGCUGAAGAAUUGAUUUGAGGAAGAGGAAGAAGAUGUGUUUGGUGUUUGUAUGCGACGAGGACGAGAGGGUUGUAUCGAGGCAACCUGCACCGGGGGCGUGUCCUUACUGUGGAGGAAUGGUGCAAGCCAUGGAUGUUGAGAGUCAGUGGAGGUUCUGUUUCCUCCCUCUCUACUGGAAGACCAAGCGCAAGUUCUACUGCUCCUUGUGUACCAGACGCUUAGUCGUGCAAUGAUGGAAUUAUACUCGUUUCUCACAUCUACACAUAGAUUUUUAUUUUUAUUUUUUUAAUUUUUUUGUUAUUACUGGCUACAUGUAUAUGGUGGAUUCAGAAUAUAGUGUAAAAAUUGCAAAAAAUUAAAGGAUUUCUUCACCCUUUUGUGUAA